ACACGUUGGGAGGGAGAUCAAUCGUGUCCCCCAUUCGUACGGUAGUUCUGAAUAGUACUCGCUCAUUGUACCUCCUUGGUUAUGCUGGAUAGCACUGAAGAGGGACAUGUGAUCGCAUAUUUCUUCGGCUUCUAUUCUUACCGGGACGACUGUAUCUUGGGACCAGACGUACAGCCCGGCCGCCAUUGAACAACAUGGCCGCUUUGUUGUCUGGUCAAUACGUUACAAAAUGGAGAAGGGAUAGUUUACGUCCACACUCAUUUUAGUAAACGGAAAAUGAAGCACUUAUUCAACAUUUACUUAUCUGUACGUAUUUCAGAAUGAAUGGACGUACAUCCUAUAACGUGUUUGGUGAACACGGAGAAACAGAAACUGCCGGCUGAAGAAAGAGUGAAAACAAGAAAACAAGAUGUAUGAAACGACGACCACACACCACUCUGGCUACAAGCCUGGCGGGUACUAUCUCACAUCGCUUGAUGUCGGAGAAUAUGGCGAGAGGGCCAGUGCCAAGAAAAGGAGGCAGAACCUUUACAAGGAAGACCUCCAGCUGCAGAUGGCUGAGAGAAAUGCAGCAAAACAAAGAGAAAGGAUCCAGGAUAUGAGCGUCAAUGCAUCCGGCUACCUGGAUCCGGAGAAAGGCCCGGAGAGGUUAAAGCCUCUAGGUGGCACUGACUGGACACAGUAUCGGUCAAGGUGGGACUCAAGGGUUCGGCCAUAUCACACACUGUUCCUGUACGAUGAAAACAAGCGGCCUCGUGCACCACCACCUGUAGUAGUACAUGGUUCAAUCUCACCACCACCCACCGUAACAGUUCCGGUACAAGUAGUACCCCAAGCAUCUCCUCCCGUCCGUAGAGUCAUCUGGCAAGGGUCUCCCCGUACAGCUAGAGCUGAUUAUUCUCCCCGUCCCAUGAGCUUGCCAUCAUUUAGCGAACCACGAGCAAGACCAAGGGAACCGAUAGCUUCCAGUGAGAGGGCUAAUUUGGGUACUAUUGAUCCACCCCAUCGGUUAAACUUCACAGCUCCAGAUGUCAAGCCAGAGAAACCAGAACAAGUUCCAGCACCGGCACCUCUCAGCUAUAGAGCCCCAAUGGACAGUGGUUAUGGCAUAAUGGCGGCCAGGGACAUAAGUCUAGUCCCUCAGGUGCCACUAGUCCAGCCCCUACAACCUAUACACUACCAAGACACCAGACCUAUCAUCAUACAACAACCUGCACCAGCCUAUCAAUGGCAAGGUCCGAAAUACAACCCUAUCCAAAUGGAGGUCCCAGUUAAGAGCUCUUCAUUACUGCCUGAGCCUAGAUACAGAGCAGCCAUAGACAAACCACUGGAUGAUUUAAACGACAAGUUAGAAGAAGCUCGGUUGAAGAUCAAGCUGGAGAGGGAUAACGAAGAACAUAAGAGGAGAUUGCAGCGAGAACUUGACGAGAAUCAACGCCGCCUCCGAGAUUCAGAAGCAGAGGCACGACGUCGUCUCGAGGAACUUCGUCUUGAGUCUGAGAACAGAAGGAGAGAGGCGGAGAGACAGCGCAGAGAAUGGGAAAGACUAAUGAGAUUAAAGGAAUUGGAGAGGCCAAGAACUAUUCCAACAGUUGUGGUUAAACCAGGAAGUGGCAGGAACCGUCUCCUUGACGACAUGGAUCUGUAUCGUCAGAAACUCAGAGAGGAGAGGCGUAUGAUCGAAGAGUUGUUAAUGAAUAGAAGACCAAUUGAGCCUGGCAAGCUUGAUAUUAAAGUUGUACGGAAGCACAAAGAACGACAAGUGGAUAUACCGCCUACACCCAAGACAGAUGACAACGCUAAUCCUAAUAAUGUCCACGUCUUCACAGAUCUCAAGCACAGAGACUAUAGGUCCCGGAGGGAGUUCAGAAGCAUCUUCCCGGAAGUGCCGUACACCAACAUGAAGCUAGAGUGGCAACAGGGGGCGCUGCUCAAACAACAGGAAGAAGCCUUACGUGCACUCAGAGGAGCUAAGACAGAUUCUGAGAAACAAGUGAUCAUGAAGAAAUAUUUCUUUACCCGCCCAGUUUGGAUGGAUCGGGAGAUCACACCUUUCGCAAGAAUGCGGAAAUAUCGCGGCUGUGGCAGCAGUAUGGACAUAGAGAGUCGACUGGGGCGCAUUGAUGAAGAUGGACUCCGAUUCAGGGACCAUAGACCAUCAUCAGCUGACACUCUGAAUGACGACACGUGGCUACGACCGAGUUCUGCGGAUGUGUAACAGACAUGCGCUGAGCAAGUCCCUGGCACGAUGUACCACGUGGAUUAAAAACUUAGAUGGGAGCUAUAUACUUGCAUUGAAUUACCUCAAUAACAACACAAAUGUACAUUUCGCACCUCAGGAUUUCGAUAUAGAUGGUGAACUGAACAUGGGCUUCAAUGUAGCUGUGAUAUGGCAUUUCAACCAAAUGUGAUCUGCAAAAGCUGUGAUAAUGUAUAUAUAAAGAGAAUAACAACCUGCCAAUAUAUACGGAGUACUCAUGAUCAGGGUACAGAAUGAACUUUAGGAAAUAUAGAUUCAAUAUUAGUGCUGAUAAAUUCAAAACGCAUAUAAAAAGUAGAAACACUGUUGAGAAAGUAGAGAAACGUGCACCAGAUAAUACUACAGAAAAUAUUUUCCUUAAAAUAAUUGGACAGUUUAAGUUCUUAUCACAGAAAUAUAACAUUGACAAUGCGAUCGAUAAGUAUUGAUUUGAAUAACUGGCUUCACACACGAAGCAGACAUGCUCUAUCGAUCAGUUUGCUAACUCCUCUCGAACGUGGAUACAACUGCAAGAAAGAAAACUAGGUAUUCAACAGAUUGAGUCCGUUCCGAAUUGUAUAAAAAUGCGUUGUUGCAAUAACAAACCUGUAACAACGUUAACUUAAACACCUCCAACGACUAUAAAUCCAACCGCUAAAUUAAUUCAAGGAAUGAUCAAAUGUUUCAUAUAACGCUCCAGAGAAUAUAUCUGAUGAAUGAAUCAGAUCUGUUCUGAUAUUACUGAUAUUGUCUGGGAUUAUUGUUAAACACGUGUAGGUUCCCUUGUUUCAUUUCGUAGGAACUUAUCUUUUAUUAUUCUUUAUCAAAAGAAUAAUAAUGCCAGAUGAAAUGUACGCCCAAAUUGCUGCAUCUGCAGAAAGAAUCAUGGGACGGUCGUGCCCAGUCCAGUCUUGAUUACUUACUGGCCGGCGCUUCAUUGUAAGAUAAAGUUUCAAAACGCCUUGGCAAUAUUUCAGACACAUUGUGAUCCGGUGUUAUAUCAGCUGAACAGCUUUUUGGUUACACAAUAUUCAUUUCGAGAAACGUUAUUCAUACUCCACAGUAAGUCUUUAGUACCUCAAAGAGAAAUAAUUCUGCACGAGAUCUGCUGAUGCGAAUCAACAGAAAGAUUGAUUGAGAACUAUGUACAAAUUCCAUGCGCAAUAUCAAUCAUGUGGAAAGAAGAUUCAGAUAUAUAGAAAGUGCUGUAUAUAGUGUAAGUACUAAGUUAUUAUUUUAUGUAUGGAAAACAAUGAGAGCAUGACCUUUUGCUGUAAUAGUGCAUUGGAAGAUGAAUAAAUUCUUGUCAGAC